ACCACGGAAGGUACGUAGAGCCGCUGGUACUGCUGCUACAAUGGCAUUUGAUCUGCAUACAUUGCAUCCGGCCUUCCAAAUCUUCCUCGUCUGUCCUCCUCCCCCGACUAGAGCAAUCCCAGGUCAAUCUCUGCAGCCACAUCAGUAUCUCCAUCCUCGGCCAUCGAGCCACUCGAAUCAAGAUCGCCUUCGCUUGAUUCCAACAACCCAUUGGCAGUGGCAGGCAAAAAAUUCGCCUUCUAUAUGUGCCGCGGCCUCCCAACUCCAGCUCCAGCUCCAGCGCUUCAAUUUCAGUCCCAGGAUUGCAGUCGGCAGCAGCGAGGUACUACCCAAGCACCGCCCGGCCGAGCGAGCGAGUCCGUGCGUGCGUGCAUGGCAGCAGAGAGGAAGGCGGCCUCCCGCCCGGCCGCCUGCGGGCGAAUGCGCGGCGCCGAGGGUGCCAAGCCGCGGGGCCGUCAGGCAAAGGCAGCGCGGGCACCACCGGGCCAGGGGUACUUCACGGCGGGGCUGGCGGCGCUGUUCCUUUGCCUCACCACGCUGCUCGUGUUCCUGCCUCUCGUGCUGCCGCCGCUGCCGCCGCCGCCGUUGCUGCUGCUGCUCGUGCCCGUGGGCCUCAUGGCUGUACUGCUUGCGCUGGCGCUCGUGCCGUCCGACGGCCGGGCCGCCGCCGCCGCCGUCGCUUCUUCAUCGUGCGUGUGCUGAAGACGGACGACGCAUCGCACGUGUGCUAGACACGCCGAGAGACUGUACUGUAAAAAUGUGGCGGUUUAACAUUUGUUUUGUUAAUUUGAUAUAAGGAAUAGUGAUUUCCUA